AUUAUCACGUCCUUUUCUCUCCAAGCUGUUCCUCACUCCCCUCUCCUCCCCCCCUUCUCCCCUCCUCGUUUACUCGGUCCUCCCGUCCGCGAUGUUUCUGCGAUCUGUGUGGGCCCGCCAGGCUGCGCCUUUGAGGCGUCAGGUUGCUCCCCUGGCUCGUCGUUGCGUCACCACAAAUGCCGCUACGUCGCACGCUGAAGAUAUCCCCCAGGAGGAUGACAAGCCCUUCACUGUCAGACUCUCCGAUGAGAGCUUCGAGACAUACGAGCUCGACCCGCCUUCAUACACGUUGGACGUGACCAAGAAGGAGCUGAAGCAGAUGUACUAUGAUAUGGUUGCGAUAAGGCGGCUGGAGUUGGCAUCGGACCGUCUCUACAAGGAAAAGAAGAUUCGCGGUUUCUGCCACUUGUCUACCGGUCAGGAAGCUGUUGCUGUUGGCAUUGAGGGAGCAAUUACCCGUGAUGAUAAGCUCAUCACUGCCUACCGAUGCCACGGUUACACCUUGAUGCGUGGUGGGACCGUCAAGUCGAUUAUCGGAGAGCUGCUCGGCCGUCGCGGCGGUAUCGCCUACGGCAAGGGUGGAUCCAUGCACAUGUUUGCUCCCAACUUCUUCGGAGGCAACGGUAUCGUUGGCGCCCAGGUCCCGGUCGGUGCCGGUCUUGCUUUUGCUCAGCACUACAACGAUGAGAAGAAUGUCUCUAUUAUUCUGUACGGUGACGGUGCUGCGAACCAGGGUCAGGUUUUCGAAGCUUUUAACAUGGCUAAGCUCUGGAAACUCCCUGCUCUGUUCGGUUGCGAGAACAACAAGUACGGUAUGGGUACUUCCGCUGCACGCUCCUCUGCCUUGACAGAAUACUACAAGCGCGGCCAGUACAUUCCCGGUCUGAAGGUGAACGGUAUGGACGUCCUUGCUGUCAAGGCGGCCGUCAAGCAUGCCAGAGAGUACUCUGUUGCCGGCAACGGUCCCCUGAUCUUGGAGUAUGUCACCUACCGGUAUGGAGGUCACUCCAUGUCCGACCCUGGUACCACGUAUCGUAGCCGUGAGGAGAUUCAGCGCAUGCGUAGCACCAACGACCCGAUUGCGGGUCUCAAGCAGAAGAUGCUCGACUGGCAGGUGGUCACGGAGGACGAGCUCAAGGCUCUCGACAAGUCGGCCCGUACCUACGUGGACGAGGAAGUCGCCGAGGCGGAACAGAUGCCCUUCCCCGAAAACACCGAGCGGGUUCUCUACGAAGAUAUCUACGUUCGUGGCAGCGAGCCCCGCUGGGUGAGAGGCUGCACUGUUAAUGAUACCUAUUACUACUGAAUACCCUGAGUUGCAUAUGAUGGGAGAAGGGAGAAUGGGUUAUUUGGAGAAAUCACACGCCACACCUUACAUGAUUCCAUAGUAUCUGUAAUUUAGCCUUUUGUUUUUCUCACUCCCGCCUACAUCUAAUUGUAGUAGUCACUCUAUCACCUGUAAAGAUGUAGUAUAGUAUUUACAUAAGGAUAUAUACAACCC